AUGCACGGCACGGCGACGGAUGGACCUCACUUUACUGCGCAGUAUGAACAAUCUCAUUCCUUUCAGCACCAACACACACGACAAGCACCUUUGACAAGCAUUGACACUGAGCAUAAUGACUUGAUCUACGAUAUUCAGCUGAAUUACUAUGGGAAGCGUCUAGUUACGUGCUCAUCCGAUAGAACAUUCCGAGUGUACGACGUGUCCAUGGCAAUUGCAGGUGGUGGACGCGAUAACAAUCAUUCUGCAAUGAAGGAAGAUCAAAAGAAUCAAAAUAAGCAGCAGCUGUAUAGUCUGCAACACGUAGUACCUCUGCCCGAGGACUCGGCUGCUCCAAUCUACCGUGUGGCAUGGGCACACCCAAAAUUCGGUGCCAUGUUGGCUCUGGCUGCUCAAGAUGGCAAGGUGUACAUUUAUCGGGAGGAAAAAGUGCAGCAGGGUACUGAGAAAGCUGGUAAUGUGACCGAGUGGCGUCUGAAACACGUGCAUGAAUUUCACUCGCUAGCAGUGCUAAGUGUAGCCUGGGCACCGUACGAGUAUGGACUGUGUUUAGCUAGUGCGUCAGCUGACGGCCAGGUGUCGUUUCUUACCCGUGUGCGUGAGGGAUGGGUAGUUUCGUCAAGUUUUCGCAACUCAGAGGAAGGCAUGGGCUGCACAGCGGUUAGCUGGGCACCGUACAACUCGUUGGGCUCACAGGGAGCUCAAGGGCCAAUCCAACGUGUGGUCACCGGAUCAUGCAAUCAGGUAGUUACUAUUUGGAAACUUGCUACAAUGCCACAAGAAGGUACGAACGCUGGUACCAGCUACUGGGAAAUUGAAAACACUCCCUUGUAUGGACACAACGACUGGGUUCGUGAUGUAGCUUGGGCUCCAAACGUGGGUAUCCCAGCGAAUGUGAUCGCGUCUGGCUCUGAUGAUCAUACAGUGCGUGUUUGGACUCAAGAUGAGGCCAAUGGCGAGUGGUCGUCCCACGUGGUGCAUACUUUUCAUGCGCCAGUAUAUCGAAUAAACUGGUCACAAACAGGUUCGGUGCUUAGCGUCGCUGCUGGUGAAGACGAGGCUACUUUUUGGAAGCAGCAGAAGAAUCAUGAAUGGACGCAAUUAUCCUCGGUAACUGAUCAAGGUGCUGCUACUGUCACGAGCAGCUAG